AGAAAUGAAAACAAUCCAAGAUAAUUGUUCAAAACUGUCUGCAUUGAUUUCCGAGACAUCAUCCAUGAAAUCUAAGAUGGAACAGAAAGUACGGGAAUGUAAAAGAUGUGAAUUGUUCAUGGCCAUGAAGGAUAUGCAAACGAAGCAAAAAAUCCUACAGCAGAAUGUAUUGGAGGUGAAGCGACACAACUUGAGAGAAUUUGAGUUUGAAGCAAAUAGCAGUAUAAAAUCUUUGAUGGAAAAUCAUAUUCCGUUGGGAAAUCUAGUUUUCAAACAGAAUGUAGGUAUCACCUGUAUAAACGAGGAAUCCGCACAAAUGUCAAAGCCCACUGUAGAUGUAGAAACACAGAAAUCGUUCGUUGCAAACCAAUUACACAAACCAUUAAUUAAAGGAGAGACAUGGUACAUUAUUGAUGUCAAAUGGUUCAAACAGUGGAAAAGUUAUGUUGGUUAUGAGAGCUGGGACCACUUUAAUGUAGGCGAGGAAUCAGCUCAUCCAGGACCUAUAGACAAUACCCCUAUUUUUCAAGAAGGAACGGAUAAACUGAAAGAACACUUGAUAGAUGAUUUAGAUUAUGGACUUGUUCCUGAAGAAUGUUGGCAAAUGUUGCUGUCUUGGUAUGGACUAUUGGAAGGACAGAAACCAUUACCAAGAAAAGUGAUAGAAGAAGGUACUUAUAGUAAAUCUUUGAAAGUGGAAGUUUACCCUUGGCAUAUAAAGAUUUGUGAUAACUCUAAACCAGAUGCUGUCAUUACAAAACUUUUCAGCAGAAGUGAUACAAUCCGCAACCUUGAAGAAGAAAUGCGUAGGGAAUUUAGCAUAUCCAAUGAUAAAGAAGUCCGGUUAUGGAGUAGGUAUAUGACAAACACGUACGAACAGUUGACCAAAAAAGACAAUACGUUACAGGAUGCAGGGUUAUAUCAGGGUCAAUUAAUCGUGAUAGAGCAGAAAAAUCCCGACGGAACAUGGCCUAGAAAAAUUAUAAAAAAAAAAGAUUAAAUAAAAAAGUAACGUAAGUAGCGUGUAUGGUUUUAAGUUGAUAAAAAAAUUGUAUAACAAAAUGAACAGAAUUUGGUUUAAGAAAGGUUGAAUCUUAAAAAGUGAAAAUGGAUAUUUAGCUAAAGGAACGAUAUUCAUUACGGCUAUAACUAUAAUACAUCAUGUUAACAAAUGCAUUUGCACAAAGUUUAUGUAUAUGCAUUUCAUAAACGACAAGAUUAUUUAAAUGCUUUAUAGAGGAAGAACUAUUGUAUUUAUUAGAGUAGAGCAAAUUCAGUAACUUUUUCAUGUUUCUUUCAUUUUAAUUGGUAAAAUACCAUACUUUGACUUUCGUAACACCCUCUUUGAUUGUUUACCUUGUAUCUGUAUAUAUGCUAAUAAAAUUUUGUCAUUGUUAGUCACAUACAUGUUUAUGCUAUGGUAUAUGCCGCAGUGUUGUAUAUAUGCAAAUGAAUGAAUAAACUUUCUGUUCUGUUCUGAUUAAAAUAUAAAAAAAAUAAAAUAUAAAACUUGCAAUAUUGCCUGAUGCAUCUUUUCAGCUCUUCAGACAUUUUGGUACAUAUAUAAUAAUAAAUCAUUGUAUUUCUUUAAUAGCCUUUCUCUGAAUGUCUCUAUCAGAAGUGUCGUUUUUGCAUCCGGAUAUUUACAAUUAUUACGAAAGCAUUUUUGCCAGUCUAAGUGAACAUAUUUUACAAGAUAUUUAGAACCUUUUUUAUUUCAAGGUUCCUUAUAAUGUAUUAUUAUAAAUUGUGUUGUACAUGUUUUAGGUGUACAUUUCUUAAAAAUGUCAAUGCUUUCUUUAUCUCACCUGUCCUCCUUACGAUUUAAUAAACAUGAACUAUGAUCUACAUAUCUUGUGUCAAUAGAGGAUAAAUUUAAUCAAUACAAGUAUAAUCAAUAUUAACGAUAUAAUCAUAUUUGUUCUGACACGGUUUGUGAUAGCGUUAUGUAGAUUAAAUACGUUUUCGAUUAAAAUAGAUACAUGUAUAUAUGUCAAAUCUUUACUAAUGUUAGCUUAGGACAUGUGUAUUCUUUUUUUUAUUCAUCUAUUUCAACUAUUUGUUUUGGUAAAUAUUGAAUCAAAAUUCAAAACAUUUACAUUAACUAGUGUGAUUUAAAUAAGUGAAAUACAAACAUUAAUGUAUAUAAUAUUUGUAUAGUUUGUCGUUCACUGUAUUCUGUAUGUUUACAAUUUCAUAACGAAAAUAAUGUAUUGUAUAUGUUCAUUGUUAUUGUAUAAUUAUGUUCAUUGUUCGUUAUGUUGUAAUAACCUGUAGACAUUAAAGAACGCCAAGGGAAGAAAGCGAAUGCCAAAAAUGUACCAUAGAUGUAAUAUAAAACUAGUUUUAUUAAAAAAAUUCCUCCAAAUAUGUCCAAAAAUUAUAACUAAAGGAAACAAUUUGUAAUACCAUAUUUCUGUUCAUGGCCUUCUAUUAAAAUUCGAAUUAUUGAUUUAUCAAACUAUGAAUACUUUGUUUUGCAAAAAAGAGCUACAAAAUAUUUUGAUUUUAGUAUAUUGAAUAUAUAUGUACUAAAAAGAUCAAUUAAUCAAAAUGUUGUUUUGUAUCAUUUUUCUGUAAAUUAGUAUGCACGUUUAUCACUGGCUAUAUGUAUGCUCGUGUUAUUAUUUGCCAAAUAAAGAUUUUGUUAUGUAUAUUGUUUUUAUGGGCUUAUCAGCUUUAUUUGAUUAAAAUAAAUGUCUGUAAAAUGCAGUCAACGAAAAUUAUAGAUCUACAUGUAGAGAGGUGCAUAGAUAUUUUUUCCAUAUAUAUAAGCUUGACAACGUCAAGGUUUAAUUGUGACGUUUAUAGGUAAGAUCUAAAAAUGAAACUUGCAGAAACCAUUUUAGCUCACCAGAACGGAAGGUUCAGGGUUAGCUAUGAGUAUCAAAGGGGGAUGCUCCGGUGUCCGUCGUCAUGCGUCAACAUUUUUUUCCUCUGAAACUGCUGGGCAAAUCUACUUCGAAUUUGGUCUGAAGCAUAAUUGUGACAGUCGCACUUUAAUUCGUUCAUAUCAUUUGAAUUCGCCCCUUUUAGGUGCCAACAGAGCUAAAAAUAGAAAACUCUUAGAACUAAUUGAUGGAUGAUCACCAAAUUUUGUCUGUAGCAUUCUUAGAUAAUCUGUUAUCAAAUUUGUUCAAAAUUUAUUUUAUCCGCUCAUAUCAUUUCAAUUUGCCCCUUUUAGGUGCAGAGCUAAAAUGGAAUUUUUUAAACAUCUCCUACUAAACUAAUGAUGGAAUGAUAACCAAACUUUGUCUAUAGCAUUCUUAUGUAGUCUUUUAUCAAAUUUGUUAAUAUUAAUUUGAUAUGCAUCUUUUAGGGGCCGCUUAAGCUCAAAAUAGAAACAGCUUUUCUAUUUUUCUCUUCUUCUUUUGAAUUAAUUGAUUGAUGAAUGAUCGCCAAACUUUGUCUUCUGCAUUCUUAGAGGAUUUUUAUCAAGUUUGCUCAAAUAAAUUUGAUGGCCUAUUUUCAGGGGCCGCUAGAUCUGAAAAAGGGAAAAAGAAAUAUGUAAACAUCAUCUUCAACUGAACUGAUAUCACUAGUGUUUGCUUGCACCUUUCCUUUUUUUAGAAUUUACCAAAUUAAUGCUAUUGGUUACUUUUAUGACCUCGAGAGUCAAAAAUAGAAACAUUUUUUAAUAGCUUUUCGAAAUAAAUUGUUUGAAAUACUAACUAGAUCUGUCUAUUUCUUACUAUGUUUUGCUUUUUAUGUCAAACCCUUUAACAUAACCAUAGCUGCCACUUCAUGUAUUAUUUUCAAUACAAGCAGACAUAUUAUUAUAGAGGCUACCGUGGGCACCAUGUUAAAAUCGUUGACUUUAAAUCAUUUUCCUCUCACCACUUUAGGUUCGAUACGAUUGGUAUUUUGGAUUCUAACCAUCUAGCUAGCAUACAUAAUGUAGGUGGUCCUACACUGGUGCCCACUCUAUUUGAACAUAUUAUUAGGCCUAAAAUAGUUAUGGUUAGGGUAACCCUACCCUUACUA